AUGACAAAAAAGUCAAAAAUCUACGCGAUUGGUUAUAAUGCUUUUAGACAAACUCACCCUGAAAGUCAGGAUGCAAUCAUCAGUUUACCGAUCGAUAUAACGGAGUUCGCAGACAAGAUAAUUUGGGCCAAUAUGAACGUAACUUUGGGCGAAAAGUAUAUAAAAAAUGAGAAUGAUUCAACAGUAUUGUUAACAUGGGGUUUUGACUCUGUAGAGAAUAAAAUAAUUUCUCCGACUCGUAAAUCUUUGCAAAGAAUAAAAAAAUGUUUUGGUAAUGACAAUGGCAUCCGAGGUUUUCUUGAUAUUGAUGGAAAUGUUCACUUCGAAAGUGAACAUUCGGGAAUGUAUGAAAUUAGUAAUUUUCAUGCAAAAAUUGUUGAUGUCUCGCAAUUUUGGACCGGUAAUACUGUAAUUGUGGUAACAGUGGAUGGAAAACUGUACAAUUGGAAUAUUGAACAGGCCUCUUCGGAAAAGAUUACACUAGUUGAUGAUACGAUCGACCAAUUUUUUACAACAGUAGUAUGUGGAGAGAAUCAUUGUUUGGCAUUGACUCAAACAGGACAAGUAUUUAGUUGGGGAUCUGGAAGAUACGGACAAUUAGGCCAUGGAGACACAAAAUCUUUGGAUAAGCCUAAAGUAAUUGAAUUUUUUUUGGGCUUGAGAGUAACUCAGAUCGCUUGUGGUGGAUGGCAUUCAGCAGUGAUUACUGAUUCAGGAGAUUUAUAUACUUUUGGAUGGAAUCAUUUGGGAAGACUGGGUAUUCCUCCUCCUGAUGAAGAUGAUCACACGCAACCUUCAAUUAAUUAUGCUGAACCUACAUUGAUAGAACUUGAUGAAGAAAAAGAUCUGGGACCUAAUGUGAUAAAGGUUUCCUGUGGAAGCGCUCAUACUGCCAUCGUUACAGAUGAUUAUCGACUUUGGACUUGUGGAUGGGGUAAAUAUGGACAACAGGGUCAAGGACCAGAUAAACUAUCUGAUAAUCUUACCUUCAUUCCUAAUAUAUUUUUUGAGUCUCGGAAGAGGAAAGGCGGUUUCACACGAAGGGUUGAAGUUACUCGUGAUAACACUAGUGUUCCUAAUAACAAUCCUAAUAAUUUUUGCGAGGAUGAAACAACGGAACAGUGGAAUAGUGGUUCGUUGUCUUGCAAUAUUUCCACUGGUGGCGAAGAGAUUGCAUCUGUCAAUAAGGAAGUUCCACCGCAAUGUUCAACUAGGAAUAUCGAUGUUAUUCCACCUUCUAAUGAUGUGAAUCCUUUAACGCCUGUAAUGACAGAAAUGCCAACGACUAGCUCGGAUAUAAAGUAUCGAUCUUCAUCGUGCUCGACAACUCCUGAAUUAGUCUUUUUCUUCAUCCAUCCAACUUACACCACUUCCGGUCCGCAGAACUGUAUUACCUUCCCCUUCAGCUCUACCACCACUUUCUCAAAUUAUUCAGUAACAAUAAUUUACGUAUCCACGAGUGUUGACAGAGUUGUUCCAUGCAGCGAUCUUUUAAUUAAAAAAUUUUAA